AUGAAGAUCCUCUUCGUUUGCAUCGGCAACUCGUGCCGUUCACCAAUGGCCGAAAGUGUAAUGAAAAGUGUCGCCGCACGGUAUAACCUCACCGAUUGGUACGUUGACAGUGCCGCAUUGCGCGAGUGGAACGUUGGCCGUCGGCCGGAAGAACGGGCACUCACCGUGCUGGCGGAACACGAACUCACCUCGGAUCACGUCACGCGCCUGGUCUGCUCGGAUGAUUUCCGUCAGUUUGAUUAUGUGUUCGGUAUGGAUGAGUCAAAUGUGGCCGAUCUGCUGCAUCUGGCGCCCGUUGACGGCAGGGCGAAAAUUGAGCUGCUCGGUAACUAUCGAGGCAGGGAGCUGGACAGGAUUAUCAUCGAUCCGUACUUUGAACACGGCAUACAUGGAUUUCGACGUUGUUACGAGCAGAUAGUGUUGUGCUGCGAAAAUUUCGUCAAAACUCACGGUCGACCGAUAUCACGCGGGGUGCUAAAUUUGGAGUAUACGUUCUUGGAAUAG